UUAAAGAGACUCGCGUCUCCAACGGCUUCGGGGAGAUCGUUGAUCAUUUUUCGUGCGAUCGUAAACAGUUUCACAAUAAAAUUUGUUAAACGGCCAAGUGGCUCGAUGUCGUAUUUUCGAUUCCCCACGGACGAAAUCGAUACGAGAUAUUCCUGGGAAGAGACAACCGCCGCGAAGGAGACCCCCGGAAGAGACGUGACGUUUUCCAUUAAAUUCACCCGGCGUAAUUCUCCAUUAGGCCAGGUUGGAGCAAUAAGAGCUCGCGAUCUUCUUAUAGGAAAGAUCCGUUAUAUAUGAGUUGGCUCGGUAAUAACGCCAUCGGUUAAUCGAUCUCGUUAUUGAGCAAAGUGUGUCUUUUUUCCUAGGCUAUCUACUUGAAAAAUAUGAUUUAAACAAAGUCGUAUUUUCAUUCAAGCGUAUAGCCGGAAAUGCAUUUUUUACGAGAGACCUGUCUGACUCGCCAUAGAUAAUUUAAUAAGACAUUUUAAAAUCAUGAAAACACGUGACGUUUUGUUAGAAACGAUUAGAUAAUUCGCAAAUUAUAAUCUGUUUUUUUACACAAAUUAUCCCGAAGAAUAUUCACGAUUUAUUCAGGCUGUGGAUUAAUGAGCGGACUAAUCCUGCAAAACAAAGCUUCUCGACUUUGGUUUGCAAGCGACAAUGCGGAUUCCUGUGAGAUUUUGCGAGAGGCAUUCCGCGAUUGUCGAUAAAUCGUCAGGCAAGGCUCAAGGGCCCUAAGCUUCCUUUUGCCAAAGGAAUCCUCGCGAUACGACGGGCGAGAACUCGGCGAACCGGAAGCGCGAUGGCCGUAAAUCGGUGACCCAGUCAACGUGACGUCGUCGUCUGGAUGGAGACGGACAAACCGUCCCGCUCGUCGGCCAGUAAUCGGAGCUGCCAGCGCUCAAGUUAUCGCAGACGACGGAAACGCAGGCGGAAGCCAUGGGGUGAGCGGAUCGCCGACUGGACCAGGGCCCUCAUAGCUUUUCUCUUCAGCAACGUCGGCAUCGUCUGCCUAGUGGUGGGCUACACCAUCGCAGGCGCCUUCUUGUUCGCCCACAUCGAGGGUAAGACUAACCCGGACGUUGCCGAUGAAUUCAGCAGAUGCAGAAACCUGACGGCCGCCACUCUCUGGGAGUUAACUUCCAAGGAAAAUGUGUUCUCGGAGAAGCUAUGGAAAGCAAAGGUGAGAGACAUUCUCGAGAAUUAUCAGAAGAAGGUGGUGUUGGCCGUAAAAAAUGGGUACGAUGGUAUGGAGAAUAAGUGGAGUUUCUCUGGCGCCUUUCUGUACUCCCUCACUGUGAUAACGACGAUCGGUUACGGCAACAUUUAUCCCAAGACGAAAUGGGGCAAAGUCGUGACUAUAGUGUACGCGAUAAUAGGAAUGCCGCUCUUCCUCCUCUACCUCAGCAAUAUCGGCGACAUUCUGGCCAGAAGCUUCAAAUGGACCUACGCCCGUUGCUGCCUGUGCAAGUGCCGGAGGAGACCGCACGAGCCGACGGCCAGCGCGUUGGAGAUGUCGAACGGUGAUCCGGCUGUGAAGAGAGAUCGAUGGCAGAUGGUGAACACCCACGGCGGGGAGGUAGACACGUCGAGUUUGGAAGAAACUUCGCCGAGAGACGGUGACGGGGACGGUGACGAGGGCGGCGACGAAGGCGACGAUGAGAGCGACAGCUACGAUCCGCAGCACGUGACGGUGCCGUUAACUCUAUGUCUUGCUAUCAUGGUGGGGUAUAUCUGGGGUGGCGCGAUUCUAUUUUCGGAAUGGGAAGACUGGAACAUGCUGGAUGGUUCCUACUUCUGCUUCGUCUCUUUGUCGACCAUAGGUUUCGGCGAUAUCGUCCCGGGCGAGAAGAUCUACUCUGCGAAAGGCCUCGAUCUGUCUUUCAUCUUCUGUUCCAUGUAUCUGAUGCUCGGUAAGUCCUUCCAAUCACGCUCGACGAAUUCAGAAUUAUUUGCGGUCGGCAAAGAAAAAGAAAAAUCCUUUCGACUCUAUCUCGAGUUUCGUUACCUAACUAAAUAGAUUUAUCAUCCGGCGUCCACGGAUUAAAAGUGUACAAAGUCAUCCGAUUUGAUUCGCGUGUAUUUAUUUCAGCCGUCGAUUAAUUGGGAGACGAAAAAAGAUAGGCGGACCUUGGUUUUUUUUUUUUUUUCAGAAAUCCGAUCGCGGAAUUUUCGAUUGGCGUGGCGCAAAGACAAUCGUUUCAAAAGAGAUCAACCGCUUUUAAAUCCUGCAACGCGAUUGCACCCGUCGUCGCGUAUAUACACGGGCAUUAAGCUCGUUUCGAUCGAUGCCCGAUUGCAUCGGGCGCGAUUUUUCGCGGAGAUAUUCAAGUGCUAUCGAAUACCGGCUCCGGCCGUUUCCACACGAGAGCGGCCGAAUUGCGCAACAAUUCGCGCAAUAAUAUCCCCGAUGCUUGAAAUAUCGCGCUCCAAUCUAAUUUCCCGACGUGCUUCAUGGAUGUUGAAUCGUUCUCUCUCUCUUUUUUUUUUCUAUCCUCUUU